AAAACUAUUUUUGGGACCGUGGGACCAACCAACUAUGUCGACUAUUAUUUCAACUACUUUGGAUGUAACCACGUUUCCAAAUAACGAAACCAGUUAUACAUCUGACGGUCCAAUAUGGGUUGUGACGGUGUCUGUUAUAAUUGUGCUGUUGGAGUUCACGAUAUUCGUGUUUGUUUCGCAAAGCUCGUGGAACUUGUAUCGCAACAAGAGGAAAAAUCGACAUCGGACCAACAACUUGUGGGAAUUUAUGAAAUCGUUGCCUCCAUUAAAAAAAUGUUUCCUUGCGUCAAACUUGAUAAUACUGAUGGAUUGCUUUAUAUUCACGGUGAGCAUCACUGUUCCGCUCAACUACAACGAGAAACUUUGUUCAAUAUUUCUUCGGAUUAUUGGAGUUACAUUUUAUACUCUUUCUAUGAAUACAGUUUAUAUUUAUCUGUGGGGACGACAACAUUACCUGCACACUUCACCAGCGCUUCGGGCAAUUCUACCAAAGUGGUUUCCCAUACUUAGUAAAGCGGCGUUGGUGUUCACAAUAUUAUCUGAUGUUGCCAAACUAGUCAUAAGUUGGGAUCUACUUGGGCUCGGAACACUUGUGGAAUCGGACUAUCAUAACCAAACAUGUUACCAUAAAAAAUCCGCCGUAACAGUGAUACCUGCAGUUAUCAUGUCUACCACCGUAUUCACACAAGCUAUGUACACAACUUUGUUUUGUGCAACACUGAAAUAUUAUCAGAAGUCGAACAAGAUGGCGACCAAUGGAAGCAAUUUGUUCCUUGCCGCACAGUGUGUACGAUGUGUCCGCAUUGCAAUACUAUGCAUGUUCACCGAUACCUUGACCAUAUUUAUCCUUCAAACAUUGGGACCCAUUAUCCCACAAGUGAUCAUACAGGCUCUCACCAAGGCUGAUCUCUGCUUCAACUUGAUAUGUAUGCUUCUAUGCUUUAGUUCGGUUAAAACGUAAGUUGGAUUUAAAACCCCGUUUAUUCUUUCACCAUUUCUGCAUCC